GGCUAAAAAAUGUGGGCUGGCCCUGACGGCUGACCAGCAGAAGAAGAAGAAGGAAACAAGCAGAGGGAAGAAAACCUCACCAGGAGCAGUAGAAACUCUCAGCUGAAUCAAAAUUUUGACUUAAAGAAAUGCGGCAGUUCCACCAUCAGAGGAACAAGGAGCCAUUGCUAGCUUCACUUGGUCGCUGCACAAUUUCCUGUAUAUUGGUACUUCUUACUCAGUUUGCACUAUCCCUUGUCCCUCGCUUCUUCUCUGCUUCCUCUUUUCUCAUUCAACUCGCGCUUUCAGUUGUGGUGCUGCUGUUAGUCGUGGGUUUUGGGAAAUGGUGCAGGAGGCUUCUUGGGGUCUUUGCUUCGGCUCCAGCUUUCGUUUUCUGCAAUAUUUUCUUCGUUUGGGCUGUUUAUUUCGUCAUCGUUCGUCAAGCCAUUCCAUUUUUCAUUGAUGCUGUGUUCAAUGGAGAGGUUGCCAUGCUCUUCAUUGGUGUAUGUAGUAUCCUAUCAAGUGAUCCUGGUUUGGUAACUUCCCAACUCGAUGAAAUUAAAGCUUUUGAAGUUGAAGCUCAAAAUGAGGUUAGUUCCUCACUGUUGAAGAGGGUUAGAUAUUGUAAGCUCUGCAAGGCAUAUGUAAAGGGGUUUGACCACCAUUGUCCUGCUUUUGGGAAUUGUAUAGGGCAGAAUAAUCAUGUUCUUUUCAUGGUUCUGCUACUUGGGUUUCUUAGUACUGAAGCUUCUUAUGUGAUGUGUUCAUUUCAGUUCAUCAGAGAUACCCAGAUCUUAGGUGGAAAUAGGUUUGAGAUUGGUCUGGCUGGAAGUUUGGCUAUCAGUACAUUGCUAUUCACUCUUCUCCAAGUACUAUGGCAGGGGGUGUUUAUGGCAUGGCAUAUAUAUUGUAUGUGCUUUAACAUCAGGACUGAUGAGUGGAUAAACUGGAAGAAAUACUCAGAGUUUCAAGUCAUUAUUCAGUCCCAGCCAGGCAGAGGCUUCACUGAGAUGAGAUUUACAAAUCCAUACGACAAGGGUAUUCUUCAAAAUGUGAAGGAGUUUUUUACAGUAAGAGACUGAUGUUACUAAUGCAUAUUUUGCUGUGCUAACAUUGAAUGGAUGUUCAUUUUCCCACAUUGCACUACGCCCUAAGUUGUGAAGGUACCUAUGUUCAUAUCCCACCCGAAUUCCUUGGUUUGGUGACAAAGGGGCCACAAGUUUUUCUAUAUGGCCUGUUGGAGGGAACCGAUAUUUCAUGUAAAUUGAUUUAAGUUAAACCAUAUCAAUGCCCUGUUGGAGGGAACUGAUAUUUCAUGUAAAUUGAUUUAAGUUAAACCAUAUCAAUGCAUACGACUGCUCUUUUGACCUAAUAA